AUGUCUGAAAAUCAUGAUUGGUCAGAUCUUUGUCCGGAUCUCUUGCGAUCGAUCUUCAAAAUCUUAAACAAUAAGGAUUUUCAUCGAACAAGGACCGUUUGCUCAAACUGGAAUGUCGUGUCCGCAACAUGUAAGCGAACUCUGUAUCCAUGGCGAAUUCUAUUGGGAAAGAACUCUAGUUUGUUAUACGAUCCCGAAGAUGACGACAAGAUCCGAGAAUUCGAACAUCCCGAACUCGACUUAUCAGAGUAUUCCAAAACCAAAACCUAUUGUAUCGCUGUCUCCAGCAACUGGCUCCUGGUGGCAGAUCUUCGUAUAAAUUUCAAUCUUUUGAACGUGUUUACUAAGGUAAAGAUUCACCUCCCGCCUCUGGAGUUAUCGUUUAUUGGGAUCGAACAUGAUGAUGACGACUUAGAGGAGUGGGAGUAUUACAUCGAUCGUGGGGACUUGGUAUCAGGAUUAGCUGUUGUGUGGAUUAACGAGAGAACAAGGGAUUAUGUCGUCGCUUGGGCUUACAAACGAAACUUGUUGUUCACGUUCAAGAAAGGCGAUGAAGCAUGGCGAAGGAAUAUUCGAGGCACAAAGUGUAGUGAUAUGGCGUUUAAGGAUAAUAAGCUUUAUGUGUUUACUCUUGAGCACUACAUCAAGAUUCUUGAUUUCUCUGGAGAUUCCCCGAGAUAG